AACUAAUACAAAAUAUUUUUAAACUUAAUAUAUAUGAUCGAAAUUUUUAUCGAGUGAUAGGUCUAUAUUAUAUAUAAUUGUGAUGUAACUUAAUGUUCGCUUAUGUCGCUUCAGUCGUUGUAUCAUUAUUGAGUGGUAUUGUUAUAAUUAAAAUUAAAAGAAUGGCCAAUGCUCUGUACAAUUUCAUUUUUAAAAGAUCCUCUACAUUUACCAUAGCUAUUAUAGCUAGUAGUUUUUUCUUUGAACGAGCAUUUGAUCUAAUUUCGAAUGAAAUGUUCGAACAGAUUAAUAAGGGGAAACUUUGGAAAGAUAUUAAGAAUCAAUAUGAAAACAAGUAAUGAAAAAUAUUAAUUGUAUUAUAUUAGAUAUAUAUAUAUAUUACAUAGGUAUGAUAUAUUCCUAUAAUUAUAUAAAUAAACAAUUUAUUCAAUGUGACAAA